GUCACGUCUCCUGCCAUCUUAUCUGACUGGUUGCUUCGUCUUCGUGUGGCAGUAGCAGUCCCCACUUCUAAAUUCUCUUUCCAUCGCCGCCUAUAUAUAAUAAAUUCAAUGGUGGCAUGCCAACCCACAGCCACCUCUCUCCUAUUUUUCCCCUUCUCUUUCUCACCAUCAACACUCGUUUCUUUCUCUCGAUUUUGCUCAUGGAAGCCCUUCAUCUUCCCUACGAAAUCCACCCCCAUUCCCUCCCCGCCGCCGUCAAGGAUCCGAGACCAGAGUUCCAGGAGUUGCCGGAGCCGGACAUCCAUAUCGCCACCUCCGGUGGACUUCGUAUACCCGCGCAUUCCACCGUACUGGCCUCAGUCUCAUCGGUGCUGGAAAACAUUAUCGAGCAACCGCGAAAGCACCGUAGCUCCGAGAAAGUGAUUCAAAUUCCCGGCGUCCCGUGCGAGGCAGUCGUUUCGUUCGUUCAAUUCAUCUACACAUCUAGGUGCCGUGAAGAAUAUCUAAGGAAAUAUGGAAUUCAUCUUUUAGCGCUAUCGCACGUUUACCUCGUUCCACAUUUGAAACAGCGAUGCACCAAGCACUUGGCUCGAAAUUUGACCAUCCAUAGCGUUAUCGAUAUACUACAACUCGCAAGAAUGUGCGAUGCACCGGAUCUCUCACUCAGCUGUAUGAAAAUGGUGUCCACCCACUUCAAGGCCGUCGAGAAAACGGAGGGCUGGAAAUUCCUGCAAAAACAUGACCCUUGGCUCGAGCUUCAAAUUCUGCAGUUCAUGGAUGAAUCGGAAUCGAGGAAAAAGAGAUGUAGAAGACAGAGGAAGGAGCAGAGGGUGUAUCUUCAGCUAAGCGACGCAAUGGAGUGCUUAGAGCACAUCUGUAAAGAAGGGUGUACAAACGUUGGGCCGCUGGACGUGGAACCCACAAAGAAGCAGCCAUGUUCGAAAUUCUCAACGUGUCGUGGAGUUCAGCUUCUGAUUAAGCACUUCGCAACAUGUGAGAACAGAGUCCAUGGAGGAGCCUGCUGGCGGUGCAAACGAAUGUGGCAACUUCUACGCUUGCAUGCCUCCAUCUGCGACCAAUCCGAUGCUUGCAAAGUCCCUCUUUGCAGGCAGUUCAAGGUAAAAAUGCAGCAAGAGAAUGAUGGAAAAGAGGAUCCGAAGUGGAAGCUGCUGGUGAAAAAGGUGUUGUCUGCCAAGACAAUUUCUUCAAUUUGUCUUCCCAAAAGGAAGAGAGCAGCGGCAGACGCCAUGAGCGCGGAUCGUAUCAGAAGCUUCAGAAUACAAUCCGUCGAACAAAAUCGAUUGCUGUUAUUAACAGCUUAGAAAUAGAAUGUAAUGUUGUUUUCAAAUUAGAAAUUAGGAGGGGGAGAGCCUUUUUUGAAAAAAAAAUUUGGUGGUUUCAUUUUAUUUGUUUUUAUGAGGAGCUUUGGGGUUUCCUUUCUUUUCUAACUGUUUGUAUUUGUAUAGGGACAGGGAGGAAUGUGUUGUGUUUUGUAAGAAAAUAUAGAUAGAUAAUAAACAGAUUUUGUUUUGUUUGCUGCAUUUCUAGUUUUUCCAAUAUUAGACGUGUACUCUGUCUGCCCAAGAGUGAGUGCCUUACAAUACAAAAAAGCUUCUUUCUAUGCUCUUA